UUCUUCCCAUUCUUCAAACCAGUCUUUCAUUCCGAGCUAGGGUUCAUAGUUCAUUCCUCUCUCCCGUUGUCGUUCUUCUGCAAGAAAACUCAAAUUGUCGUUGUGUUAAUUUAAGAUUGCAGCUCGACAUGGAUGGAGAGCAGUUGACGGAGCAGGAGACUGCUCUUUAUGAUCGCCAAAUUCGCGUCUGGGGAGCUGAUGCUCAGCGAAGGUUAAGCAAGUCUCAUAUACUUGUUAGUGGGCUGAAAGGCAGUGUGGUUGAGUGUUGCAAGAAUAUUGUGUUAGCAGGUGUUGGUAGUGUGACAUUAAAUGAUGACCGUGCAGUGACGGAGGAGUUGUUGUCAGCUAAUUUUUUGAUUCCUCCUGAGGAAGAUGUGUACGCAGGGAAAUCACUUGCCGAAUUGUGUUGUGAUUCCUUGAAAGAUUUCAACCCUAUGGUCCGUGUUUCUGUCGAAAAAGGUGACUUGUCAAGCUUCAGUGCUGAUUUCCUUAGCAAGUUUGAUGCGGUAGUCAUCAGUUCUUGCUCGGCUUCAACGAAACAAUCAGUCAAUGAGAAGUGUCGCAAAUUGUUAAAGCGCAUUGCGUUCUAUACUGUGGACUGCCGAGACUCCUGUGGGGAAAUAUUUGUUGACUUGCAAAGUUAUAAGUACACAAGUAAGAAAGGGGAGGAGGCUGCCGAUUGCCUUCUGGAGUAUCCGAGCUUUAAGGAGGCCAUAUCCGUGCCGUGGAAAUCUCUUCCAAGGAAAGUUUCUAAGCUGUAUUUUGCAAUGAGAGUGGUAGAGAAGUUUGAGGAACGUGAAGGCCGCAAUCCCGGGGAGACCUCUGCUGCUGACUUGCCUGAUGUCCAAAAAUUAAGGAAGGAACACUGCGAGGAACACUCCGUGAACGAGUCUCUGAUCCCCGACUCCCUCCUGCAGAGAUUGCUAGAGGGCAGAAGAGAAUUCCCCCCUGUCUGUGCUAUCAUCGGGGGAGUCCUUGGACAGGAAGUUAUUAAGGCGAUAUCCGGUAAAGGAGAUCCCAUAAAAAAUUUCUUCUACUUCGAUGUCAUGAAUGGACAAGGCGUGAUCGAAGACAUAUCCAUGCCGAAGUCUCAAAGCUAGGCGCCGUUGCUGUCUACAUCCAGAUUCGGCGAUCAUAAGGUACUCAUUGCUCGAUUUUCGGCUUUUUUCAUAUUUAUUUUAGUUGGUGAGUUAUUUUUUAUGUGUUUUCAGUAGCCUAAUUUUGUUCCAAUGCACCCUUUGGCUAGAGAAGAUGUGAUUUAUUUAAAAUAACAUUUGUGUGGUCUUACUGCUGCCCUUA